GUGUUUAUGACGAUUAAGGUGUAAGUAUAUAACUAUGUGGUUCCUGACUUUGUUAAUUCUCCACUGUUUAGGGAUUUCCAUUGGUGUUGAGUACAGCGGAUGUCCAGCCCUUGUGCGUGAGUUUCCCAGGAUUUGUGAAGAUUUACACUACUCCAAAUAUUGUCCCGACAGCUGCAGGUCUCAUCAAUUGACGUGCCACAACUGUCAUGAUAUUCACGAUCCUGGUAGCUGCACCAAAACAACAUCUUGUCAGCAGUCUGAGGCAUGUGUAAUAACCGCUGCUCUUGAUUCUUCCUUUAGAAUGACUUAUAGACAAGGAUGUUUUCCGAAAGAGAAUUGUAGUCUUUUUGUCCAUGACAAUGUGUCUGGCCGGCGGAACACGGUUCUUCCCGGGGACUGCUGUUACACCUCCCUCUGUAAUAACCGGAAACCGGAAACUGUAAACAGAACAUCAUUGACGUGUUAUUCCUGUUCGGAAACUACUCACCCUAGGGACUGUAAUGUGACCACUCAGUGUCAGCCUCAUCAGCUAUGUGUUGUUACCCAGGCCCUGAAUGCUGAUUUUAAAAUGGUGUACAGAUUGGGUUGUAUGGAUCGCCAUCAAUGUGACGCAUUUCGUCAUGAUGGUCUUGGAAACCAGCGCUCUAUUGCUGCUAGAGGAGACUGCUGUGAGCAUGAUAGAUGUAAUUCCUUGACACCUGAAGAAACCAAAUCUCCUACAUUUAAUUCCGAAGACUGUGUUGAUGUGGACAGCCAUGCUUGUCACGCUUUGAGAAAAGUCAAUCACACUGAUCGCUGUCUGGACGAUCACUUCGCCAACAUAUUUUGUCCUAAGACCUGUCAUAUAUGUAUUCACUGCUACAAAUGUUUCCUUUCAUCAAGCGUCCAUGACGACAGUCUCUGUCCCCGGAACAAUAACACAGUGUGUACAAGAGAUUCACAGUCAUGUGGUGUGGAAAUAUUUAAUGGAAUUUCAAUGAUGACUUGCUUCAACGACACAUUUUGUACAGAUGCCGACGGUGUUCACAAACGGUGUUGUAAACAUAAUUUCUGUAAUACUAUUGGAUCACUUACCACUACAACAACGACAAAAAUGACGGCACCUACAACAGCGACACAAAUGACGGCACCUACGACUACCACACAAAUGACGUCACCUUCGAGCACAAUGACGUCAACAAGAGAACUGACGUCAGCAAUUACGAAGAAAACAACGAGUUCAACAACAGCACGGACUACCGGAUUCAUAACAAUUCCUCACAACCAGGCAACAACAACAGCAUUCCAUUGGGCCACACUAGGAACGCCCCCUCACUCCACAAAAUGGGUCACUCUGCCAUGGUCAGGACAUGGAGCGAGUCCCCCCUCAAUAAAAUAA